UAGAAGUUGGAAGUCAGGAAGUGCACAAAAUUUGAAACACUUCGAUUUGGUGCUUGCAAGUUGCAAGAGAUUAUGAUGAGUGCACAAUAAUAUUAUUGUGCACUCUUAUGAUACGAAAUCAAAAGGAAGAAGUAGCAUGAACUUUCUGAUUUCUGGUGACAUUUUCUGUCGCACUUACUGACUUAUAACUGCAAGUCCGCGAUACGCGGGACUGUUGAAUAUACUGCUGCCAAACCAAAGUAUUUGCGAGUUGGGACAUCUGUCAGCUGGCAAUCGUUGUGAAGGACUCGGUACUUAAUUGAGCGCCGUUUAUUGUCCGCCAUGGCUGCAGCGAAAUCACUGCAGUCCGAACUGGCAACCAUUGAUGAAGAGAUUGCUGUAGUGGAUCUAAAGAUACAAGAAUUUCGCAAGCGACGCGAAGCUUUAGAACAGCGCAAGCAAGCUUUGCUGGCUAAGGUGAAAGUAUCUCAACAGAGAUCUCAAGAUCAUGACUGGGAGCGUGGUAUAUUUCCCUGGAGUGAUGCUGUGGAUAAAAUUCGCACCAAAAUGGGAAUUGCUAGUUUUCGUCCACUGCAGCUGUCAACAAUUAACGUGACUAUGGCGAAUAAAGACUGCAUUCUCAUUAUGCCGACAGGCGGAGGAAAAUCGCUGUGCUAUCAGAUCCCCGCUGUUGCAUCGCUGCGUGGAAUUACCGUUGUCAUCUCUCCCCUUGUCAGUUUAAUGGAGGACCAGUUCCUGGCUUUGCGAAAAUACGGAAUAGAGGGCGUGACUUUCCAUUCGGGGCUGCCAGCAGAACAAAGCCGCCAAGUCUUGACGAGGCUGAUGGAUCCGAAAACAACGUUGAGAAUUAUUUACGUUACCCCAGAGAGGAUUGCUAAAACGAAGACCUUCAACGCGCGGAUGGAAGCUCUUUACGCUGCGGGAAUGCUCUCUCGCAUUGUGAUAGAUGAGGUGCACUGCUGCAGUCAGUGGGGCCAUGAUUUUAGGCCGGAUUAUAAGGCUCUUAACAUCCUGAAGCGCCAGUACCCUCAGACGCCGAUAUUGGGACUCACUGCCACGGCGACUGUCCGUGUACUGGAAGAUGUUCAGAAUAUUUUGGGGCUCCAGGGUUCCGUAGUUUUUCGUGCGCCGUUUAACCGAGGGAAUCUCUUGUACGAAGUGCAGUAUAAGCCCUCUGCCACCAGUUUGGCUGUGGAUAAAAUUGCUAAUCUCAUUAAACACCGUUUUGAUGGACAGUCAGGUAUUGUUUACUGUCUGUCCAUUAAGGACACCGAAGAAGUCGCUCAAGAUCUUGUACAGCGCGGCGUGAAGGCUAAACCGUAUCACGCAUCGCUCACACCUGAGAAACGCUCCGUAACCCAUCACGCUUGGCUAAAUAACGAGAUUUCUGUCGUUGUGGCGACAGUGGCGUUCGGUAUGGGCAUUGAUAAACCGGAUGUGCGUUUUGUUAUCCAUCAUACAAUCAGCAAAAGUAUCGAGACUUAUUACCAAGAAAGCGGUCGUGCUGGACGGGACGGAAAGAAGUCAGCUUGCAUACUGUUCUUCCGGAUGCAAGAUGCAUUCCGUAUGACCUCUUUGACUUUCACGGAGAAGGUUGGACAGGACAACGUUCGGGAAAUGGUGCGCUAUGCUCACAAUAUCGACAAGUGCCGAAGAUGGCCCCUGGCGCAGUUUUUCGGUGAAAAAUGGACGUCGGAUAUGUGCGAUGAGAUGUGUGACAUUUGCAAGAAGCGGGCGAAUCGCCAUACCAUUACGAUUGACGUGACAGAGCACGCUAAAGACAUCGUAAAGGCGGUGAAGGUCGCGAUUGGGCGCUCAAAAACCGGGAAAUGUACUGCUGCACAAGUCAUUGAUGCAUGGCUGAAUAAGCGACAGAUACGGCUGGGAAAUGUGAAAACAGCCACGCAGUCCGAUUGCGAACGGAUUAUUGUGGAUAUGAUUCUGAAUAACUACCUGGGACAAACAUUCCAUGCAACUGCUUACAAUUACGUGACAUACAUAGUCGCUGGCCCGCUUGCGCCUACUCUGCUGCGAGAUCAAGCGAAAUUGGAAAUCUCGUUUGAAAUAGACGACCGGACUUACCAGAAAUUGGUAAAAACAAAAGAUUCCCCAACAGCUGCUGGGGACUACGAGUCGGAACAGAAUGAAGACGACGAGGAUAUUUUGGCGGCAUUUAGUGCAUACGAGGAGCAUGUUCUAACAGAUGACAUUGAGGAAGGAGCUUCUUCUACAUCUCACAAUGGAAAUGCAGAUGUACAAAUUGUCGAAAACGGCUGCGAUCGUGAUGUAGAAAUCGUCGAGAAACAAGAUUCCGAUGUUGAGUUGGAUUUCGGUGAUCUGGAAGACCGUUCUGCCAGACCGACUAAAAAAGUAGCACUUGCAGAUGAUGUAUCGUUGGCCACGAUGAAACGAUCUACAAGCUUUGAAAGUUCCGGUGGGAAAAAGCGCCGCGGAUUUUUUGACGUCUGCGUAUUGACGGCUGUGGGGGAAUUCUGGUGCUUAAUCCGGAACAGUCUGUGCGUAAUUUGUACUGCUUUGUAUAAUCUGAUCUUAUUUGUGAAACUGGCCGAGUCUUUGAUGCCUCCUUCAAACAUGCAUCGAUCUCCCAACGCUUCCUCCAAGAGUAAACUAUCGUUUUCCACGGAAAGACUUGCGACAGAACCGCCGACUGAUCGCCAGUCUGUUUCGCUUGGGUAUUGGGAUAGUCCGGAUGCGACUGUGAUAGCUAAAAUCCGGCAGAAAAUUAGCCUUUAUUGGAAAACAGGACGUUACGAUGCUGCAGAAUUUUGGAUGGAUAAAUUGGCUAACUUAUCCGAUUACGAGAAUCUAUCCGAUCUUCUCAGCGUUUGUGAGUUAUUGUUUAUGGACGGCCAAUAUGCUGCUUGCCGAAAUAUGAUAGAAACAAGAAAUCUGGAAAAGCGAAGAAUUGACUUUCGGUAUUGGCUUGGACGAUGCUACUUUGUCACCGGCGAUCUCGAGGAAGCUUUGCGGAUAUUGCGAUUACCUACAGUGCCAGAAUAUAAUAAAAAUGGUUCGCGCGUCUUCUCAUCUCUACAGAAAUCAUAUAUAAGCGAAAAUGGGUCGGAAAUGCAUAUUGACGACAUCUGCAUGACACCAACGGGACCUGUUGAACGGAAUGGUUUGAAAUUGCCCGUUGAGGACGAUGACAUUGACGCUGAAAACUUUUUGGCAGCCAUCGAAAUUCUUAAAGGAAAGAUAUACGAUCGCCAAGACAAUCGCCAAAUGGCAUGUGCUGCGUACCAGCAGGCUUUGGAAAUUGAUCCCUUCUCUGUCGACGCACUGGAGUAUUUGGCUUCCCGUCAAGCACUGACAGUGACAGAAAAGGGGAAGAUUUUGGUGGAUGUUCAUGAACGAACCCAGCAAAUGUUUGGCGAUGAAGGAACAUCUCUUGUUGAUGUGAUAUAUCGCGGCAGAUUACAGCCGGAACUCAAUUGGGAAAACGGAAAAAGUACUGGAGAGCGUAGCGUUGAGAAGACAAAAUUUGAUCGAAAUCCUGAUUUCCUGCUCACAAAAGCCGAAUACUUUUUGCAAAGGCGCGAUUAUGCCAAAGCUAUGGAAAUCACUCACGAAAUAAUGAGGAUAAAGCCGCUCUACCGGAAUUGUUUGCUAGUUCAUGUGGCUGCUCUGGUGCAUUUUAAUAAAAGUAGUCUACUUUUCGAUCUGUCCCAUCGAUUAGUGGCUAUGUAUCCACAAGAUAUGAUGACUUGGUAUGCAACGGCUGCGUAUUAUUACGUCUGCAACCAUAUGGAAUUAACACGACGAUACCUAGCCAAAGCGAUUGGUAUGGACAAGAGUUGUGGACAUGUGUGGUUAUUGUAUGGACAUUCGUUUUCCCGCGAGCGGGAACAUGACCAAGCAAUGGCUGCGUAUUUCCAUGCGGUUGAUGUGAUGAAAGGCUCCUUUUUCCCUUACAUGUACAUAGCACGUGAAUAUGUACGAACGAACAAUCACGUCUUGGCCGAGAGAUUUUAUGGAGAAGCGAAGCAGCUAGCCCCGGAUGACCCAGCAGUACUGCACGAAAUUGGAAUUCUGCAUAUAAAAAAAGCAGAUGUUAUCUUAUCCAAAAAUCAGACUGCUACAGCAAAUGCGAGCGCUUUAAACGAUAGCAAGAAGGAAAUAAUGUUGGCUGUGGAGAAUCUCUUACAUGCGCUGGAUGUCAUUAAACUGGACAGCACGGAACAGACAACUAUGGAUUCCGGUGUUGAAGGCAUCCUAGAGACGUUGGCCACAGCAUAUAUGAAACUGCGUAAGGGCGAGGAAGCACUGAAGUAUGCCAUCCUGGCAAGUCAUAUUAAUUCAAAGAACAGUGGUGUCCUAAAAAUUAUUGGGAUGGCACAUUAUAUGUUGGGUCAUCUCCAAAGUGCCGUGGAAGCAUUUCAACGAGCGCUAGCUGUCAACAAGGAUGAUACAUUGACCAAGAAGAUGCUUGGCGAAACAGUAGAUAUUCUUGCUGAAGAAGGCGUUGCGCACCUUUUGCCAUCCGUUCCUCCUGAUCUGAUGGUAACUGCUGGUGUGCCGCGUCGGAAUCGUAUUGCUCGAGCACCUUCGAUAAGCCUUUCCGAAAGCGGACGUUCAUCUGUAAAGCGGAGUACGAAGAAAAGCUCGAGCGUCGCACAUACAUCCGCUCUUAAUAUUUCUGUGCCUUCGACGUCGAAGGGUGUGGUUGAUCUGCCUGGCGACGAAUCUGUUGCAAUGGAUAUAUCGAUGGACGUAUCCGGCACGACUGAACGAGAGCCGCAUUACAGUUUUCUGGGGGAUUUUCUUAUUAGUGGAAAUUAUACAGAACCGCCUGAUGAAUAAUCAGUGCUGUUUUUUUUGCGUUUCAUAGCUGAUGUGCCAUACGGUAAUGUUUCUUAUUGCUUUAAGCUGUGAUGCAACGGUUCAUGGUUCGGACUUUAUGGUUUACAUAAAUGAAUCCUAACUGGUAA